CUUCGUUGUUCUUCACCGACAAGGCUGAACGAGGCUGAAAAUCUAUAAUUCCAGGCCAUUACUGGCUUCAUCAGGAUUCACCUCCAUCACCCAGGGCACAACUACUCAGCGGCAUGGUACAAUAUAUCAUUACCCCAUGGCGCGACCGCGAUGAGCUCAUUAAAGUGCGGCAAGCCUUCUACCAGAAGCCCUCCAAUGGAGGCCCACCCGACAAGGAAGCCUGGCAAAAUGCCGUAGCCCUCGUUUCCGUCUGGGCACAACGAGGCAACUGCCCUCAUCUAAUAGAGUCUACUGCACUCUUAAUAUCAGCAAGCGUCAAUGAUAAACCAGGCAGUUCUGCAUAUGCCGUGCGGGCUGCCUAUUCCGCUGCGUUCUGUCGUUUCGUUACCGGACUUCUCGACGGAUACCAAGAUAAGAAGCACAAGCUUAGCAUGUUUUCAAUAGCAAAGAAUAUUGGACUCCCGGCAACGUUUGUGGAGUUGCGGCAUCAGUGUACGCAUGAAGAAUUGCCGUCUUUGGGCAAGUUGCGCGGCGCUUGCGAGCGGUCUCUGGAUUGGAUAUGGGGGCAAUAUUGGUCGAGUCUGGAAGGCAAAGAUAAAUCGUCGGGAUUGGACGAAGAACCGGAAAGUGUCGAGGAUUUGAGUAUGGUUUUACAGGAAUAUAUGGUGUGGAAAGAAGGCACAGGGAGUUCGGAUGAAGGCCAACGAUUAUCCUUCGUGCGUAGGCUGAGGAAAUGGAACACCGAUCAGAUCCUAGAUACUCUUCAUGAGUUCAGGGAACCUGGAUCUGCAGAUUCCGGCAUAAUGCUGAAAUCGAUCCGACUCACAAGGGGAAUCUUACACGGCACGGCUGACCCGGACGCAUUUCGCCCUGUGGAAGAAGAGGAUGGUAGUGUGGGCAACGGCCAAGGCGAAGCAUGUACGGGUUCUAACGCGGUAGAGCAAACCUCGAGCGGUCUUGAUGACGAUGACGAGGAAAACCUGGGCUGGAAUCUUUGGGAAGGGCCCUGGACUCCGAAGCCUAUUGGAACUGUAUGAUAGAACGUUUCCUUAUAUUAAAGAUACCCGGCUUAUGCCACAAUGCUCAAUGCACUCUUCACAUCCUACUUACAGCAAUAUCGCCAGGAGUUUACUGUCACGGGUGUGCAUUGGUUGCUGCACAAGUUCAAGGUGGUAUUUUGGAUCAGUG